AUGAUCAUGGUUGUCUCGGAAAAUGCUGAUGUGGUGAAAAUGGACUCUUCUGGUCAGAGUCAAGACAAUAACAAUGUCUUAGAAGCUGAUACGAAGCCGCCAUGUUUUGAUGAUCAGAAGAUCCCUGAACCCGAUUCCUCUGUUGAGACAUCAAACCCAACAAAGGACCAGAACAGUGACGGGACUCUCGAGAGUGAGAUAAGUCGUUUGGAUAAUAAGUUUUCUAAGUUGAAUCCGAUGGCUAAGGAAUAUGUUCCAUAUUCACUUGCUCAACCCCACUUUGGGUUUGUGGGUAAUAUGGUAUGGCUUGACAACAAUAUCGCAAUGAUGCAAGCUAUUCCUGCUGUGGAGAAUGGCCAUUUUGAUCCAAGGAGAAGGAACUUUGACCAAGGGAAACGAUGGACGAACAGAAAAACAAGCUUGGCUCAAAAUACAGAUGAAAUCAGGAGAACUGUAUAUGUCUCAGACAUUGAUCAACAGGCUACCGAGGAGCAACUUGCCUCUCUCUUUCUUUUUUGUGGCCAGGUUGUUGAUUGUCGUAUUUGCGGCGACAGUAAAUCUAUUCUUCGUUUUGCGUUCAUUGAGUUCACUGAUGAAGAGGGAGCUAGGUCUGCUUUAAGUAUUUCGGGUACUCUGUUUGGGUCUCAUCCUAUUAAGGUUCUUCCCUCCAAAACAGCUAUUGCCCCUGUUGACCCGAGUUUCCUCCCAAGGUCUGAGGAAGAGCGCAAGAAAUGUGUGAAGACUGUCUACUGUACUAAUAUUGACAAGGAGGUCACACAAAGGGAGCUGAGACAUUUCUUUAGAACAGCCUGUGGGGAGAUUCAACAUUUAAGACUUCUUGGAGACUAUCAUCACCAGACCCGCAUUGCUUUUAUUGAAUUUACCCUGGCGGAAAGUGCAAUCUCUGCUCUUAAUUGCAGCGGUGUUGUCUUGGGUGGGCUCCGUGUAAGGGUAAGCCCGUCUAAGACGCCAGUAAGGCCUCACCCCAAUGAUUUAACUAGAGUUUAAUCACAGCCCGAUCACAGAGAUAAGGUCAAGAAGAGAAAGAGAGAACAAAACUCAUUUUAAGAUAUACUUAGUCGUUUUCUGUUCGUAUAAACUUCCUCUUGUUUCUUUACUUGGCAGGUCUCUUUAGAUCCCUCAGAA